GCUUUCUCAUUGGCGCUUCGCGCUACUGUUUCCUCUCCAUCUAAACACGUGAAGGUCAACACAGCGCUGACACACUCUGGACAUCGGUCAGAUAUCACCAUUAAGUGAUUUUAGGUAGCGUUUGUUCUUCAUCUCCCUAAUGGAUAGUCAAGGAGUCACGGCAGACCCUCAACUGCAGCAGUUCAUCGAGAUCGAGUCUCAAAAGCAGAGGUUUCAACAGCUGGUUCAUCAAAUGACAGAAGUGUGCUGGGAGAAGUGCAUGGAUAAACCUGGCCCAAAGCUUGACUCCAGGACAGAGGUUUGUUUUGUAAACUGCGUGGAACGAUUCAUCGACACAAGCCAGUUCAUCCUCAACAGAUUAGAGCAAACCCAGAAGAGUAGAACAUCCUUCUCAGAGACCAUGACAGACUACUAGAGCCCUAGUCACUGUCUGGAUGACAAGGCUGCAUUAGUCAGCCAUUUAUUCAGGCUGUGGCAUGUCAACAUAUGAACUUUGAGGUAACCGCUAUCGACAAGACAAGGUGAACAAGGUUCAAUAAAGUUGUCAGAGUGCCUCAUUUUUCUCCUUUUAUUGUUUUGAAGGCCAUACUUUCUAUAUUUAAAGGAUGCAAAAACAGUCUACAGCAAGUCUCUGCUCAGUACCAUCAGUAUAGACCUUUGCCAGUAAUAAGACUUUGGGAUGAAAUCUAGCACACAUCCUGGAACAUGCUUUGAGUGGAACAUCUCCUCUGAGUGGUCCCUAUGUAUGGAUCUAAUUAUGUGGAAUUGGGGAGGAGGCACUCCUUUCACUUCCUCUUCAAACUACCAGUACUGGUCCUCAUUGCAUACCAUGUCUGCAAAGCAUUGUCUUACUGGGAAUACUUCACAGUCUGUGGCAUACAUUGUCUGUUGAAAUGUGGACUUAUAAUAAAAGGUGAAAUAGC